AUGGGCCUUUUCUACGACCACAUUCCUGAAGACCUCGCCGAAUGGAUGCUCAAACAACCCAUGUUCUGGGUCUCCUCAGCACCUCUCAGCGGCGAGGGGCAUGUCAAUGUAUCGCCAAAGGGAACUCCGGACAGUUUUCAUAUGACCAACCCGAACCAGGUCUGGUACGAGGAUCUGAGUGGAAGCGGCGUUGAAACCAUUUCGCAUCUCCGCGAACCCGGCAACGGACGUACCACUGUCCUCUUCCAGGCGAUGGAGGGCGGUCCUCGUCUUCUGCGACUUUUCGGCAAAGGCAAAGUUUCUGAAAUUGGCACGCCCGAGUACGAGUCCCUCAUCCCGCGCGAAAAUCGCAAAGCCGGCUCACGAGCAGCCAUUGGGUUUGAGGACGUCAAAGGUGUGCGCGACUGGUGGCAUUGGCAGAACAUGGAAAGUAUCGACGGCCUGCCUGGGCUGAGCGCUGGGGUGCUCGAGCAGCGCAUUCCCAUUAACUCGUUUGACCGUAGAAGCUCGGCGUAUGCGACCGUAAAGAAGGUGCCGAAUGCCGUUGAGGCGGGUGUCGAAUCUAGUACAGAGACAGAGAGAGGGGCUGUGCCGGUGGAUGUGAAGACGGUUGGUGCAUUCUUACUUGGCGGAGUGUGCAUGGCAGGGUUAUUCGGGUGGAAAUAUAUCGUUGAGUCUGUUGGAGCUUUGGGGAGUAGGCUUCUCAACUAG